UAUGAGCCUUCUUUUUUCAGCAUAAACACUAUCCUGGAGUUUUUGCCAAAGCAGAGGCGAACGGGCCUUUUCUCUGCCACUCAGACGCAGGAGGUGGAGAACCUGGUGAGAGCAGGCCUCCGGAACCCUGUCCGGGUCUCAGUGAAGGAGAAGGGUGUGGCAGCCAGCAGCACCCAGAAGACCCCGUCCCGCCUGGAGAACUACUACAUGGUGCGCACCUGGGCUUGCUUCUUGCUCAGUCCUGUGGUUCAACAAAAAAAGACUGAUGGUGAUGAAGACUGUGACCUCCUUACUCAGAAUGCUAUUUUCUCAUUUUCUAGUGGGAUUUUAGUGUGCACGGAUGUGAUGGCCCGGGGGAUAGACAUUCCUGAAGUAAACUGGGUUUUGCAGUACGACCCUCCCAGCAAUGCAAGUGCCUUCGUGCAUCGCUGUGGCCGCACAGCCCGCAUCGGCCACAGUGGCAGCGCUCUGGUGUUCCUCCUGCCCAUGGAAGAGUCGUACAUCAAUUUCCUUGCAAUUAACCAGAAAGUAAGCUGUCUUCCCUUUUUACGUAGAACACCCAGUGACAAGGGAGCUGCAGAGUUCUCUGGCAUAUGGUCAGAAACUUAGAUUGAGGAUUGCAGACUCACAGGGGCUGGGCUGGUGCUGUCAGUG